GGGAGGCUAAGGCAGGAGAAUGGCAUGAACCUGGAAGGCGGAGCUUGCAGUGAGCCAAGAUUGCGCCACUGCACUCCAGCCUGGGUGACACAGCCAGACUCUGUCUCAAAAAAAAAAAAAAGACCCGCCUGGGCAACAUGGCAAGACCCAUCUCUACCAAAAAAAAAAAAAAAAGAAAGUAAAUAAGAGUAAUAGAGUAAUGGGGGCAGGAGCAUGGAGCAGGGGUCCAAGUUUAAACUGCGCAAGGAGAAGAAACCAUUGGUUAUUUUCUGAGCCAUGUGCUAAGGUCAAAACUAGGUGACCUUGGGCAAGUCUCUCUCUCUCUGGGUGGUUCCACAGCUGUUAAACAGGUUUGGAAAUUAUUAUCUACAGGUAAAGCACCCAUAAUGGUGCCAGACAACUUGGUAGGUCCCCAAUAUAUAUUGUGUGCCAGGAAUUUUACAUAUUUACUAAUUUGAAUCUUUACAACACUGAAGAGGUAGGUGACAUUAUUAUAUAGAUGAGAAAACGGGCAUGUUAAAGCGGUUAAGCAACGUCCUCGAGGUCACUCAGCCAGUAAGACGUUAACUGAGCCUAGGUUCAAUCUAGGUCUAUCAGGCAGCAAAGUGUUUUAUUACUUGGGAAGAAAAAGGCACAGAAAAAUGAAUAAGUGAGUUCAACACUAUUAACUCAUGAAUUGAUAAUGCUCUGUCCAUCUUAACACUGCUAUGAAGGAGAAGAUACUCAAAUAUAAAAGUUGGCAGGGCACAGUGGCUCAUGCUUGUAAUUCCAGCACUUUAGGAGGCAGAGGCAGGAGGACUACUUAAAAGCCAGUAGAUCGAGACAAACCUGGGCAACAUAGUGAGACUCUGUCUCUACAAAUAAAUGUUUUACAAAGCAAAUUAGAGCCAGGCACGGUGGCUCAUGCCUGUAAUCCCAGCACUUCGGGAGGCCAAGGCGGGUGGAUCUCAGUUCAAGACCAGCCUGGGCAACGUGGUGAAACGCUGUCUCUACUAAAAAUACAAAAAUUAACUGGGUGUGGUGGUGCACGUCUGUCACCCCAGUUACUCGGGAGACAGAGGCAGGAGAAUUGCUUGAACCGAGGAGGUGGAGGUUGCAGUGAGAUGAGAUUGCGCCACUGCACUCCAACCUGAUUCUCCAUCUCAAAAAAAAAAAAAAAAAAAAAAAAAAUGCAAAUUAGGCGAGGUACUGCCCGCCUAUAGUCCUAGCUACUCCAGAGGCUAAGGCGGCAGGAUGGCAUGAGCCCAAGAGGUCAAGGCUGCCGUGAGCUACCACUGUUCCACCGCAGUCCAGCCUGGGCGACAGAGCGAGACUCUGUCUCAACAACGAACCAAUAAAUACAUAAUAAAAAGUAAUGGUUAAGCGGAAGAUACCUAGGUACACAUCACAACAAAAUUCUAUGAGGUUCUUUCAAAGUGUGCUUAGAUAAUUAAGGUUUGUCAACAUCGUGGCAUCCACAAUUACCACCAUCUCAAUCACAAACCUGGAAAUUUACCCGUGUAAUUAAUUCCCACUGCAUAACCAUGUUUUGUUAUUGCUAGAUGAUGGAAUCCACACCAGUAUCCAAUUCUUUUUCCAAGGCAACGACUUCUGCAAAAAACCGAGAUGUGCAGUCUCUCUUGCUAAGUCACCGACCACCUGUACUCUCUCCUCUCAAAACCCCCCAAUACCCAGGCAGUGAGUAAGCCCUGGAAGGCAGGAUUCGUGUCUGCAUCCCACCGCCUCGCACCCCCUUCCGGGGCAUCCUCAUCGUGUGGCCAGCUCCUGCCUUGGAGAAGGAGGUGGCCUUUACUUGGGUGUCACCCGGGGACCACUUGGGGGUCCAAGCGGGACAGGCCUCCGAGGUCCCCGCCAUGUAUGGAGGCCGAAAGGCAGCGUCCCAGGCGAACCGGACAGGGAGUUCCCCCCAGCUCUCCAGGUCACCUCCCGCCGACGGACGGAAAGGCCGGCGCGCACGGGCGUGGUGCGGCGGGGAUAGGAGGCAGCCACGGGCGCACCCCAGGGCCAGCACAUAAUGGGCCGCGGCGGCCGGGCAGGCGUCCAGCUGGGACGCCGCCGCACCACGUGGGCCGCAGAGCGCACGGGGCAGGCAGCUGCCCGUGGGCCCAGGGCCGGGCGCGGCGCAGCCAGCGUCCGUGCGUGCGCGCGCGCGCGUGCGCGUGCGUGCGUCCAAGGGAUUUGCGAUCAGGCGGCGCGACGGACAGCCCCGGCGGCGGGGCGGGGGGAGUUAUAUUGCGGGGUCCUUCCUCGCUCACCCUGGUUCCUCUCGGAGCGGAGACGGCAAAUGGCGGACUUCGACACCUACGACGAUCGGGCCUACAGCAGCUUUGGCGGCGGCAGAGGGUCCCGCGGCAGUGCUGGUGGCCAUGGUUCCCGUAGCCAGAAGGAGUUGCCCACAGAGCCCCCCUACACAGCAUACGUAGGAAAUCUACCUUUCAAUACGGUUCAGGGCGACAUAGAUGCUAUCUUUAAGGAUCUCAGCAUAAGGAGUGUACGGCUAGUCAGAGACAAAGACACAGAUAAAUUUAAAGGAUUCUGCUAUGUAGAAUUCGAUGAAGUGGAUUCCCUUAAGGAAGCCUUGACAUACGAUGGUGCACUGUUGGGCGAUCGGUCACUUCGUGUGGACAUUGCAGAAGGCAGAAAACAAGAUAAAGGUGGCUUUGGAUUCAGAAAAGGUGGACCAGAUGACAGAGGCUUCAGGGAUGACUUCUUAGGGGGCAGGGGAGGUAGUCGCCCAGGCGACCGGCGAACAGGCCCCCCCAUGGGCAGCCGCUUCAGAGAUGGCCCUCCCCUCCGUGGAUCCAACAUGGAUUUCAGAGAACCCACAGAAGAGGAAAGAGCACAGAGACCACGACUCCAGCUUAAACCUCGAACAGUCGCGACGCCCCUCAAUCAAGUAGCCAAUCCCAACUCUGCUAUCUUCGGGGGUGCCAGGCCUAGAGAGGAAGUCGUUCAGAAGGAGCAAGAAUGAGCCUGCGGUUGGGAGGGAAUGGGGCGUGGGGGGUUAGAGCAGGACCACAGCCUGGUGAGUCCCCGGGCAGCCGUCCUGCAGCCGCCACUCCUGCGCCUGCCAUUGGCCUCCUCACAGCGGAAACACAGCUUGUGAGUGCAUGUCAGCUGUUAACAAGUGGUUUUUAGUACAUUCUGGGCUUUGCUGUAUCUAUCUAGUGCCUGUUUGUGCGUUUUUUUCUUUCUUCCGCUGCUUCCCCAUUUUCCUUCUGUCCUUUUUCUCCUGCUCCUUGUUUUCCCAGCAGCACAUGGGGUUCCUCGGAGGAGCAGAGGUGGCCGCCGUGGGGGGGCGUUUGGGCUGUGGUGCUGCGUCAUUUUUCCUUUGCUUUCUCUUUACUUUAGACAUUGGCCCAACUCCAGGCGUUUCCUUUCAUUCCCUCAGUGCUUCUCUUCUGACCUGCAUGUUGAGUUCUGUAUUGCUGGGGCUUCCAACAAAAACCAGAGUCACUGACAGAGGGAACGGCAGAGACCUUGUUGGUAUUCAGCUGUGAUGGAUAUAGAGAAUCGGAGGCACCUUGUUUUCACAACUAGGAUAAAAAUAUUUGCAGGGUCCUUUCCAUUCCUAUUUAGAGGGAGUCCUGGCUCCAUGACCCCCUCCCGAGUGGACUGUCCAAGCAGAUAGGCUCACACGAGAAACAGUGAGGCUGAAAGGGGGGGCCAUGGAAGAGCGGUGGGGAGUCCACGGAGAAGAUGCAGUGAAUGCUUGCAUGCAUUCACACGUGUGUGUGUCCCAGCUAGUUCACUCCUUUCGCCGUGCGUGGUGGAGGCUCGCCUCUCUGGCCGGGUGCAGUGAACGGCCAGCGGGUUUCUUUUCUGCUGGGCCAAGGCGCUUUGGGGGUGGAGGGGGUGGUGCUGGCGCUGCACUGGGCUGACUGCGGCGCUGACGCGACGUUUCCCCCCAUCCCUGUUGCCUGUGUGUUGUGUGGAUCUGUUCCUAGUAUAGGCAACAUAAUGAGAUACUGUGCUUCCCACCUUCCCUUCAGUUCAGAGCCAAAAUGGGUCUAGAAUCUGGCACUUUACUCAUUUCCUUUGAUAAAUUGUACUAUGCAGAGCUGUCAGGAACCUUCAGAUAGCAGUAGAGGACUGCAGCUGUCUAGGUCUGCGGCCACAUCUUGGGGACACACUGGAUUGUUCCCAUGUGCAGGGUUCAGCACUUAUGUGGGAGUGCUAGGGGUUAGGCUUUUGAGCUUGAACGCCUGCGUGUGAACAGAUGAAAAAUCCUUCAGUACCCAAGUCCCAGUCUGUCCUAUGGGGAGCAGUUUGGGGGCGGCCGGCAGCAGGAGCCUGGGAAAGAGGCCCUCGCCAGGUGAUGGCAGGGCCAGGGUGGCCUGGGGCACCCAGCGGAAUGUGCUUAGUAUUUGGUCACCAGCCGUCAUCCUGGGCUUUUCCUACUGUGUCUUGUUACAAGGCCUCAGCAAUCCACAGAACUCUCUCUCCUUCCUUCCACCUGUCAGCUUCUCUGCUUCUGAGAUAAGAACCAUUUGUGUAACACCAACACUUAACUUCAGAAAGACAUGCAUUAUGUGGUGUAAUCAAACCCGAUGCUUUCAGAUGACCUACUUACAUCUUCAAUGUGGAUAAGAUAAAGAACAAAACACAUGCAUCUAAACUGCUGGGCAAUCCAGUUGACUUUUAAAUGUAAGAAUGGAAUUCCAAACACUUAACACAUUCAGCUAUAUGACAGAAAGUAAAUCUAUGGAUAUGGUAUUUUGUGAAUGAUCUUUUAAAUAAAAGAAAACCUUACGUAAUA